CGUUUCAUGGAUUACCCUUUAAGGAUCGUCUAAACCUGUCAAAGUUCACCUGGAGUGAUCUGAAGAGUGAUCUCUGUUGUUGGUCUGCUCUUACGGUUCCCCAGAGUUCUUCACAGGAUUUACCUCUCUAAAAGCAGGCUUGCUGUGACAUGAACCGGAAUCUUUUAGUCUUCUGCCUGUCUCUCCUUCUUUUCGAAGCAUCUGGUUUCACUGAGUUUGAGAUAACUGUGCCCAGUGGCACUCUUGUUGGGUUUUACGGCCAAGUGCUCAUCCUGCCCUGCACUUUUCAAGUGGACGGUUCAUGGGAUCUGAGCAGCACUGUGAUUACCUGGCAGCGUGGCCUGGAUGUUGUUCACAGUUUCUACUACAGCCGGGACCAGCUUGACCGUCAGAAUCCUCUCUAUGCCAAACGCACCAGCCUGUUCAAUAGGGAGAUGGCACAAGGAAAUGCAUCACUUAGACUGCACAAUGUCACUGUGAAGGACGCUGGUAUGUACACCUGCUCCAUCAGCACAAACUCUGGCAGCCAGAAGAAGAGUUUUGGAGUAAAUAUUACAGCGUUUUACUCUGAGCCUCGUCUUCAGUUCUCUGUGCUAAAUGAUGUAGUCACCCUACUUGUGACAUCAGAGGGGGGACAUCCCUCUCCUACACUGCAGUGGCUGAUAGAAAACUCAGAAGAUAUCACAAACCAGACACAAACACACCUUGCGGAGGACACACAUACAGGACUUUACAGUGUGUCUAGUUGGAUAAAUCUCACUGAAGUCACCAAUUCCUCUCUGACUUUCAUACUGUACAACAAUCUCCUGGGACAAAAGAUCAGGAGGGAGAUACAGCUGUACUCAGAUAAGAGAGAGAACCAAAGAGAGCCAGCACAAAGAUGUCACGGAUGCUUCACAUUGAUUCCUGGAAUUCUGCUGCUGUUGCUGCUGAUCAUAAUAGGUUUAGUGUUUGCGUUGAGAAGAAACCCGACUGAACAAAACAGCUCUAAUGAGAAGCAACAUAUGGAUCAAACUCAAGCUCUCAAUGAAAACGUUCAAAAUGUUUAUAAACCACAUGUAUAUAUAUAAACAAUGUAAGAUACUUCCUGAAUUUCCAGAAAAAAGUUAUAAUAUGAGGACUAUCAUUGUUAUUUAAGUUAUUGACCCUAGCAGCAUUGUCUAAAUGAAGUGAAGUGAAAGUGACCUAUUAGUCAGAUAUGGUGACCCAUACCCGAAAUGUGACCUCUGCAUUUAACCCAUCCAGUGAGUAGUGAAUGUGGAGCAGUGGGCAGCUAUCACUGCAGCGCCCGGGGAGCAAGUAGGGGUCAGGUGCCUUGCUCAAGGGCACCUCAGUCGUUACCCGCCGGUCCUGAGGAUCGAACCGGCAACCUUCUGGUCACGAGUCCGACUCUCUAACCAUUAGGCUACGAUGGUUAACAUUUCAAUCUAUUGUAUUUUAGUUUUUGGAAAUUAUUUAUUAAACGACAUGUUACUUGCAGCUUAGACAGUAUUGAUGUGUAUAGGCCACGUGCUUGUGUUCUGUGCUGUGGUCAUGCGCUUUGUUUAGCAUCUUGUGUUCGAUUCAAUUUCUAUUUGAAAUUAUAUGUUUUUAUCUUUGGAUUUUUCAAACCACUAUUUGAUCUGCACAUAGAUCCUUUGCAUCACUGUUCAUGUUACAUUGGAACAGGGGUGUGCUGAACUGUUAAAAAUUAUUCUGUGCAAAAGCAGUAUUUUAACAGAAUUAUAUUCUUGCUUUUUUAAAGCGACAUUUUGGUUAAUGUUUAAAUUUAACUGAAAUCCAAACAAAAAUGUUAUUGAGAGAACCUAUUCGAGUAUUCAAAAUCCAGUAUUUUUUUAUAGGCAUCAUUUCCAUCCUUUUAUCCCUGCAUGCAAAGAAACAUUAAAAAGCAUAAUCAUUGGUGGCAUUGUUUGAAAAUCUGCUAGUUUUAGCAACAUUUUUGUUGAAGGUGGAUUGACAUUGUCAGAAACAGUUUGGUCUACUCAAAACGUAGAUCGUUACAUCCAAGUAAUGAGAUACGCUUUUAAAUCCAAUGUAAUUCAUCAUCGUUUGUGAUCAGUUGUCCAUGUUGUUUUCAUUAAUUUAGACCAUAUUUUACCUACAAAGAUCUAAACAGGUAGUGUGUAUAAUUACAAGUGAUUUUGUGCCUUGAAUGUUAUUGACCUUUACCUGCUGGCAGGUUUUCCAAGUCAAUUACAGUAUAUGAACUAUUUAUUGAAUUUUAAUUCCAUCAAAACUGGAAAUGAAUUAGAUGUUUCAUAUUGUAAACUUAGUGAAAUGAAUUUAAAAUUGUUAUUAAAAUUGUUAUUAAUGUUAGCUCUUGUUUACUUUUCAUUGCCAAUAAACUAUUGGAAAUUGA